AAGACGAUCCGGCCCAGUACUAUGGACAGCAACAAGACAAUCCGGCCCAGUACUGUGUGGACAGUAACACACUGUAAUCCGGCCCAAAAUGUGGCGCCUCUCUCCAUCUCUGAUUUCUGAACGCAAAAUCAUUCUCCCGAGCAGCUCGAAAGCUCGGCUUAUCUGACCGAAGAUGUCGUCAGCCAGAAUCCAACCGACGGUGGCCGCUGCAGCUGCCUCCGCGCUCUCCUCCACCGUCAAACACAGCUUCAGCUUCAAGUUCCCUUUUCCCGCCACCACCACUCCGGUCGCUUCCAGACGAUGCGGAAUUCGGAGAACCCUCACCGUAGCUAUGUCCACUGUAGCGUCGAACCCUCUCCAAGUCUGCGUGAAGGCGUCCAUCACCGUGCCGGACAAGCUUGGCGACUGCCCAUUCUGUCAGAGGGUAUUGCUGACCAUGGAGGAAAAGAAUCUUCCUUAUGACAUGAAGUUGGUAGAUUUGAGCAACAAGCCAGAAUGGUUCUUGAAGCUAAGCCCAGAGGGUAAAGUCCCUGUGGUAAACUUCGACGAUAAAUGGGUUCCGGAUUCAGAUGUAAUUACCCAGUCGUUAGAAGAGAAAUUCCCUGAUCCACCAUUGGCAGCACCACCUGAGAAAUCUUCUGUUGGCUCAAAGAUAUUCUCCACUUUCAUUGGAUUCCUUAAAAGCAAAGACCCCGGAGAUGGAACAGAGCAGGCAUUACUGAAUGAGCUAACUUCUUUCGACGAAUAUAUCAAAGAAAAUGGUCCUUACAUCAACGGGGAAAAGGUGUCUGCAGCUGAUCUGUCCCUCGGCCCGAAGCUAUAUCAUUUAGAGAUUGCUUUGAGUCAUUAUAAAAGUUGGUCUGUUCCAGACUCGUUGCCUCACGUCAAGUCUUACAUGCAGGCAAUUUUCACCAUGGAUUCCUUUGUUAAAACACGGGCACUGCAGGAAGAUGUUAUUGCUGGUUGGCGGCCGAAAGUCUUUGGUUGAAGGAGACAUCAGAUGUGGAAACUGCCAUCGGUUUGUCAAUAAAUGGAGAGAGAGAGAGAGAGAGAGAGAGAGUAUGAAAUAUUUAGCAAGUGUUGUCAAACGUGGACUAUGGUGCAUUGAUGCUGACAAUUCGUGUUGAAUACUUCGCGUCAAUUUGCUCUCAUGCAAUUAUUAUAUAUAAAAUGGGUAACUGAAAUGUGUAAUUUCACUGCCGGGUGUGGAGUGGUAAUGAAAUGGUCACAGAUCUUUAAAACAUGACAUAUUGGCCAUAGAGUAGCACGAAGGAAUGAGGGAUGAUAAUUUUCUACA